UUUUCUGCAUAAUUAUUUAUAUUUUCAGGAAAGAAAGACUAAGAUGUUAAUAUUGCUCAACAGAUAAUUCCUGAAAUAACCAAUGGAGGAGUGGAUCGUUCUGUUGAAUGUACUGACAGCAUGUAGGCUAUGAUCUCAACAUUUCUAGUUCUGUUCUAAUCCACCACUUUCAUUUUCUGGAUUCCAUUCGCAAGUUGGCACCCACCUAAGCCUGGCUUGAAGCAUAUUUCUCAGGUUUUUAAAGAAAACUACAACAAGUCUUGGCUGAAUUUUGAUGAGGCAGAUGAUGAUACUCAAAAAAUAUGAAAUGCUUUGACAUUUUUGAAACGGAAGAGGAUGAUAUCUAUCAAACUUGGAGGUUUAGGGCUGCCAAGCGUUUUUGAGGUGAGAAAUACAACUACCAAGAAAUUGACUCGAGGUACCUCCCUUCACACUGCAGGAAGCACCACCUUUCCAGAAGCGAGGUUACGCUUGAAUCAUUCACUUGGAAGAUCAUCACGUAUGGAUAAGUUUUUUGAGCACACUCAUACUCGCAAAGAGGAUAGGAUUCAAUGGGUUGAUGUUGAUGAACACUCUCGUAAGACAAAGGAUAUAUUUCAAGAGCGUAUGUUUCAGGCUGAGAAAGAGUGGCAGGCUGCUAUAGAGGCUGGUGUAAUUGAUCCACCAACUGUCUCUGAAGAAAGCAUAUGGAUUGAGACAGUGGGUGAAAAACGAAAAGGUAGGGUAUAUGGCAUGGGUGAGGUAAGAGACUCUUCCAUGGUGCGACCUCGAGUUGAUGGGCCAACCACAACCACCAGCACUGAUGUUUUGGAUCCUAGAGAACGAAUCACAAUAAUCAAUAGGAAAGUUAAACAGCAUGCCGCUAAAUAUGGAGAGCUUGAAGACCGCUACCAAAGGGAGAAAAGUGAGUAGCAACAGACUGUUGAAUCCUUGCGUGAGGAUCUCAACACCUGUAACUCAUAGAUGGAUCAGUUUAGUCAUCAAUUGAGCAGCUUGACUGAGUAUGUGAGAGUUAUGGGUCCUAAUAGUUCUGGAUCACGUGUUCCCCCACUUCCUCCUUUUACUUUUUCAAGCUCUCAGAAAAGCACAGCUCCAGCCCCAGCCAUAGGCCCAGGUAGAAAACUCCUACCUAUUCUGCAGCGACUAGGACAACCACAAAGUUCUUAAAGGGAGGAUGAUUCUGACGAUCUUGAUGACUCGGAUGAUUAUUUAGACGAGUAUGAGUAGGUUAUUUAAUUAUUUUACUUUGAAUAUUUUGUAUUAUUAGUGGAUUGCAAUUUAAUCGAAUAUAAUUCUAAGUUUAGUUAUUUAUCUUAUCUUGAGUCUUU